AUUCUAAAGAUAUACUGUCAUUGAUAUCGCGUGUCGCGUGCGACUAAUAUCGCGCUUGUGUGUGGAACCAUUAGACAUAUACCUAUUUCACUUUAAGUUUCAAAAGUGUAUAUUGGUUCAGUCACAGAAAAUCAGACCUUCAGGCCAUGAUGCCGACGAAUAUUAUUGAAUUGAAAAAAGACACAGAGGGCAAAAAUAAAGAUAAAAUCUAUUGUACGUUUUGUCCUUCAAAAAUACUCAAUGCUGGAGCUGCUAAAUUAAUAAACAUGGAUUUUGCAUUACCUUAUAUCCAUAGCAAAGCAGAGGACAAAGCUAAUCAAUCAGAAACAAUUUCUGCUUACUGGUUAAUAGAAGAUAUAUAUACUUUCGAAAAUAUUGGUUUGUCACACACAGUAGGCAAUGUCAAGUACCUAGCUUGUGCCGAUUGUGAGAGAGGUCCAGUAGGAUGGUUUGAUUUGUCCACUAAAAAGUCAUACAUUGCAUCAUGUAGAGUAAAAUAUGAAUGAACAGAGAUAAGAGCUUAUUAAUAAAAUAGUUUUAUUAUUUUCUAUAAUAUACAUA